AUCCGUAACCGUAUUGCCACAGAAUGCCAGUAUGUACCGAGUUCCAUAACGAUUCGAACAAACAACUAUACGCGAAUGCCAUGUGCCCUUGUACAUUGAUAAAGUAUAAUUGAGAAGAUCAGAAUUUCUUUCCUGUGAAUUACGUAGUGGGGAUACUUAAUAUUUUUGAUCAUUCUACAUUGUAAAUUUUCUCAUUGUCCGGGACUAGCACCUAGCAGCAGUCUUUACGAUUUCACUGAGGAGUUGCGUCAAGACACUAUCAACGAACAUCAACCUCGACUUAAAUGAACGUUUCGGCGAUCGGAAGGCUAAUGCCGCUGCGUAAACUGUGAAACUCGGUAACGGAAAGUGCCGAAACCUGCUGUAAGACGAGGCAUACCUAUAAUCACUGAUCACAUACUCGCGUUUAAAAGGUCGUGAAACUGAAAAUCGUAUGUAUUUAAAUUGACCCGAAGAAAAUAUGAGCUCGCAUGAUGUUUACGAGAGUUUGCCCACAUCCUCGGUGGCGAUACACAUGACAGCAGGUGCAUUCGCCGGAAUUAUGGAGCAUUGCGUGAUGUACCCGCUUGACAGUGUUAAGACGAGGAUGCAAGCGUUGACACCGGGUGCUCGCAGGGCGGAUGGCAUAAAGUCGGUGUUGAGCAGAAUGGUGCAACAGGAAGGGAUUCUGAGACCGAUUCGUGGUAUGAGUGCAAUGGUCGUUGGAGCUGGCCCCGCGCAUGCAUUAUAUUUCUCGUGCUACGAAUUCCUAAAGAAUCAAUUCCUCAAUUCAAAAACGCAUCCUGAAUUUAAUGUAGCCGCGUACGGAGCCGCCGGUUGCGUGGCGACGCUUCUUCACGAUGGCGUGAUGAAUCCAGCAGAAGUGGUCAAACAACGAUUACAAAUGUAUAACUCUCCUUAUCGGGACGUCAUAACGUGCGUGACGAGUAUAUACAAGAACGAAGGUGCAUACGCAUUCUACAGAAGUUACACGACACAAUUGGCGAUGAACGUACCCUUUCAGAUGAUCCACUUUAUCACAUACGAAGUUGCUCAAGCUUUCUCGAAUCCUCAGCACAUGUACAAUCCUAUAGCACACAUGGUAUCAGGUGCAUUAGCAGGAGCUAUUGCUGCUGCGGUCACGACACCUUUGGACGUUUGUAAAACGCUUUUAAAUACGCAAAAUGGCGUGGAAGCUCGGGGUAUGAUAGACGCUUUCAAAAAGGUUUAUAGAUACGGGGGCGUACGUGGCUAUUUCCGCGGCCUGAAUGCCCGCGUCCUUUAUCAAAUUCCGGCAACUACCAUCUGCUGGUCAACAUACGAAUUUUUCAAGUAUAUACUGCACAAAAAUCAGGGCGACGGACUAGAAACUGGCAUCGAUUCCUCGAACGAAUUAAACCAGAGUCAAGGUUCCUCGACGAAGUCUAGUCGAUUCCAGGAUGUAAGCGUGUACCUAAACAAAAACGCUCCGACCACCGUAUUACUCGAUGUGACCACCAGUUAGGUACUCUCGAUCCUUCUGAUUAUGACAAUUUAAAUAUUUCGUCGAAGGAUUAGCUGGACAAAGCGUCAGGUUUUUCACAUUUGGAGAAUUUAUCAAUAAUAUUUCGUUGAAUCAUUUAUCGUCACGUUAUGAUUAUGCAUGUAAAGUAAUUCGAACUAGUGGAUGCAUAUUAUAUGGAAGAGUAAACGAAGGGUGACUGGAACGAAGAUUGAGUCAAGUGCAGGACACAGACUCUAUGGAACGCUACGUUAAUUCUUAACGUACGAACACUCUCAAAUAGCUGAUCGGGAAACGAUGACUGCAUUUUUUUUCAGUACGUUGAAACGAUCCACGAACGUGUCACCAGAAAAUCAGGACAAAUCGGUCGACGUUUACAAAAUUUUGUUUAGCCCAUUGUUCAGACAGAGUAUCACUUUGAAAGGGAAAUUAACGAAAUUAUUAGUUAGCGAUAUUACUUUGAAAAAUUGUAUAUUAUUAGUAUUAUUAUUGAUAGACAAUAGGUGACUACAAUCCGGUGUGUAAAAAUAAUUAGACAUACUAUCGUCUGCCGUACUGUUCAUAUGGAGUAAAAAGAACAAAUUUCAAUUACGAUCAAUUUAUGUGUACGACGUAUUUUUGUAUAUUUGCGUGUUAACCUAAGUCGCAUGAAUCAUUCGUCGAAAUCAGCGAGAUAUUUUUAUAUUUGCAUAUCUGGAAGAAUUAUGCAUGUAAUUUAAUUUGAAAUUGGACAGACAUUUCGUGUAUCGAUAUUUUGAACUGGAACAAAUUUCAAUGUAAGGGAAAACAUGAUCACUACAGAAAUUAAACACUGAGUCGAAAAGAAGAUUGCUCCACUUGAACAGUGAGUUAGAUUACAUAGUAUAUUUAAGUAUUGUACAAUAUAUACAUACGCAUAGAUUUAAAAAUAAAAGAAAAAUAAAAAACAGUGGGACGCAUGGGAAAAAAAGAUAAUUUUCUGACGGAAGUACGUUUAGCAUAAUUGAGUGGGCAUAAUUGAAAUUUUUGAAAUGGAAAAUUCGUGAUUAGACCUGCUCCGGGCAGGAAGAACAUGUAAAAAUUCUAAUAUUCCAAUACCCUUUUGAACGAAACGUGAUACCG